AAACUCACUUUAUACAAAUCCGUCCAAGUUUCAAUUCAACUUUACUCCUCGUAUCAUAUAUUCGCAAAUGUCGCUCAUUCCAAGCUUCUUCGACGGCCGACGAAGCAGCAGCGUCUUCGACCUCUUCUCCCUCGACGUCUGGGACCCCUUCAAGGACUUGUCCGUAUACUUUCCCUCUGAACUUUCUCGGGAAAAUUCGGCCUUCGUCAACGCCCGGAUCGAUUGGAAGGAGACCCCGGAGGCGCACGUGUUUCAGGCCGAUCUUCCGGGGCUGAAGAAGGAGGAGGUGAAAGUCGAGGUGGAGGACGAUCGCGUGCUUCAGAUCAGCGGAGAGAGGAAGGUCGAGAAGGAAGACAAGAACGACACGUGGCAUCGUGUGGAGCGGAGCAGCGGAAGAUUCCAGAGGAGGUUUAGGCUGCCGGAGAAUGUGAAGAUGGAUCAGAUCAAAGCUUCCAUGGAGAAUGGAGUUCUCACUGUCACUGUUCCCAAGGAAGAGGUCAAAAUGCCUGAUGUUAAAGCCAUUCAAAUCUCUAGUUGAUCCAAAUGUCUGAAGCUAUAUUUGAUUAAUACUUGUUUAAUUUACGAUGCACUGUGUUACUGGUUGUAUUGUUCAUGGCCGUGUAAAAACUGAUUAGGAUUGUACGCGUCUGGUUUGUGUAAUUAAUGAAUAAUAUUAUAUGCGUCAAGUGCGGCAAU